AUGGGGACACCCGCCUUUCCCGACCUGGGGAAGCACUGCUCGGUGACGUCAUGCCAGCAGAUCGACUUCCUUCCCUUCACCUGCGACAAGUGUCGCAUGGUCUUUUGUCUGUCGCAUCGCAUGCCGGCGUCGCACGAGUGCCCGCGUGCGACAGUCGGCGACGCUGUGGUGCUGCUGUGUCCGCUGUGCGCCAAGGCCGUGCGACUGGUGGGCGACGAGGACCCAAAUGUGACGUGGGCUCGGCAUGAGCGGUCCGGAUGCGAUCCCAGUAACCUGCAAAGAGUGGCCAACAAGCGGCGGUGUGCAGCACAGGGCUGCAAGGAGGUGCUUUCCCCCGCUAACACCGUCACCUGCCGUGACUGCACCCGCCAAACCUGCCUGCGCCACCGCUUUGGCGCCGACCACGCGUGCUCGGGCAGUCAAAAGAAUUCGCAGCCCGUUUCGUUCUGGGCAGCCAGUGGGGCAUACAGUGAGAAGCUGAUGGCAGGCAUGCAAGGCGCCAUGGCAGGGCUGAUGGCACCGGCUGGUGCUAAUGAUCUCAACACGGUGCAAGGGACAGCAGCAAGGCGUCAGAAACAGGGCGCAGGGCAAGCGGCGUCAGCUGCAGGCUCACAAGCCAGAGUGGGAUCAGCAGGACCGCAGCAACCAGGUGCAGGGGCAGCCAGGGCUGGGGGAGGGGUGGGUGGUGCGGGGCCAGAGGUAUGCCCUCAGUGUGGAGCGAGGUUUGGGGAUGCUGUGGGAUUAAUUAACCAUGUUGAGACUGCACAUGCGCAUGGAGGGACAGGUGUAAGCGUGCAGUUUGGUGGUAAUGCUGGGCCUGGUAGUUCAGGGGCAGCGGGAAGCAGAAGCGGUGCAGGUCGAGCGGGUGGUGGUGGCCAAGGGCCCGAGCAAUGCCCAAGAUGCGGAAAACGUUUUACCGAUCCUGUGGCUUUGGUUCGGCAUGUUGAGAGGGAUCAUGAAGCCGUACCUGUUUUUCUUCCAAAUAACCCGCCAUUCCCCCUCCCUCACUCGCUCCUUCCCUCCUCCGCUUCACCCCCUUCCGCUCCCCCCUUUCCCCUCGCCCCAACCCCCCUCCGUCUUCCCCGCUAUUCCCCCGUCUUCCUCCCCUCUUUCACACCCCCCCCCUACCCCAGGCUGGUGUACUAUUGCUGCCGGCUGUGCCAGAUGCAGGCGUGGCGGAAGCACCGGCACGUCUGCGGCGCGGCGGCGGCGGCAGCGGCGCGCAUCCAGCGCACGCGCGCGCUGCUCACCCCCUCGCAGUGGCGCGCGCUGGGCGAGUUCGGGGACGCCGUGCGCGCACUCAUCCCCGCGCACCUGCUCGUCCCUACGCAACCGGACCUUGUCGCGGCCGCGCUGCUGAAAAUAGCGGCGUACGUGCGCCAACGCCCGCACCUAGUGUCGCAACCCAUGGCGGACGCCGUGUGGGCGGCGGCGCUGAGCAUGCGCGGGGAGGGCGCAAGCCCGCGCCUGUACAUGGCGUGGGCGUGGGGGUUUCUUGAAGCCGCGGUUGAGUCCGGUUCGGUGGACGCGUUUCUGGCGGCGCUGCGGAUUGACGCGGCGGGCGGGGGCGCGGCAGACCUUCCGCGCGUGAACCGGUGGAUGAAGCGCGGGCUGUGCCAGGCGCUGCUGAUGCUGAACAAGCGGCAGGAGGUGGGCGCGUUCUUCCGCCACGCGCCCCGCCAACAGCUGCUCUACUUCUAA